ACCCCUCUCCCGAGAUACUAUUUUAUAUUUUAUUGCGCUGUCAUUAUCUAAAGUUCAAUAGUAGUAUUAUUUUCUUCAUUGUUCGGUUUUAGUUUUAAUAAUAUUAACUACUCUAUUAAGCUUUCUCACUCAUCUGACUUUUAUUACUACCAUUUCUUGUGUGUCAGAAAAUUCACAUAAUAUCCCAUUCUUCAUCUCCAAGAAAAUACCCACAAUCUUCAUUCUUGGGUCAAUACAAUUUAUACAAAAACCUCUGUUUAACACUUUUCCUAUUUUCUUCUGAUGGAUACUUUGGAUGGUUCAGAAAAUGCAAAUAUUUCUCCUACAUCUCCCAAUUCGACCACUUUUGGAGUUCAAUUCAGUCCACUGCGCUUCUUCCAAUCCCCAGUUUCCACUUUACUUGAGUAUUCCGGACUACUUCGGGUCCGACCCGAUAACCCUGAAACGGAGCCUCUUGUAGCUGAUAAUUUUAAUAGCAAUGUUAGUGGAGAUAGUAAUAGUAGUACUGGGGAGGUUUCAAUUAGAAUAACUGAGGUUGAGGAUAGUGGGGAGGGAGAGGGGAGUGGUUCUGUUGAGGAGAGGGAGGGUUCUGGUGUGGACGCGUCCACGGCGCCUACUGUUAGUGCUGAGGAUGAUGAUGAUGCUGGGAGUAAUAAUAGGGAUUCGGCGUACCAAAGAUUUGAUAUACAGCAAGUGGCUAGGUGGAUUGAGCAGAUUCUUCCAUUUUCCUUGCUUCUCUUGUUUGUUUUCAUCCGCCAGCAUUUGCAAG